AUGUUGGUUUUAUUUGAAACCUCAGCGGGGUACGCUAUUUUCAAGUUGUUGGAUGAGUCAAAAUUGUCACAGAUAGAUGACUUAUAUCAAGAGUUCAACACACCUGAGGGAGCAAGUUCAGUUGUAAAGCUGAAAAACUUUUUUAAAUUUGAAGACACGGCAGAAGCUCUAGCAGCCACCACAGCAGCUAUUGAGGGCAAGCUGUCAAAGCCUUUAAAGAAAGCCUUAAAAAAAUAUGUUAGUAAAGAUGUACAGGACCAACUCCUCAUUGGAGAUGCCAAGCUCGGCAGUGCUAUUAGAGAAAAGUUUGACUUACAAUGUGUGUCAAACAAUAAUGUGCAGGAACUACUCAGAUGUAUACGCUCACAAAUGGACAGUCUUCUAGCAGGACUACCUAAGAAAGAGAUGACUGCAAUGGCCCUAGGUCUUGCUCAUUCCCUAUCUCGGUACAAAUUAAAAUUCUCUCCAGACAAGAUUGACACUAUGAUUGUUCAAGCUCAGUGUCUAUUGGAUGAUCUGGACAAAGAACUGAAUAAUUACAUCAUGAGGUGCAGAGAGUGGUACGGUUGGCAUUUCCCAGAACUUGGCAAAAUCAUCACAGAUAACACAUUAUUUGUUAAAAUCGUCAAAUUGAUUGGCACCAGAGACAAUGCCUCCCAGACAGAUUUAUCAGACAUUUUGCCCGAGGAUCUAGAGGAGAAAGUCAAAGAAGCUGCUGAGAUUUCAAUGGGGACUGAAAUUUCCGAGGAUGAUAUCUUGAACAUACAAAAUCUAUGUGAUGAAAUCAUCUCCAUCACCGACUAUAGGACACACUUAACAGAUUAUCUGAAAGCCAGAAUGAUGGCUAUGGCCCCAAAUCUGACCGUACUGAUCGGAGAGCAUAUAGGAGCUAGGUUGAUUGCUCACGCUGGUUCUUUAAUGAAUUUAGCUAAACACCCCGCCUCAACAGUUCAGAUUUUUGGUGCCGAGAAGGCUUUAUUCAGAGCUUUAAAAACGAAAAAGGACACACCAAAAUAUGGUUUAAUUUACCAUGCACAGUUAGUAGGACAGUGCAGUACAAAGAACAAGGGUAAAAUGUCCCGUAUGUUGGCUGCAAAGGCUGCUUUGGCUACAAGAGUUGAUGCUUUUGGUGAAGAUGUGUCAUUUGAAUUUGGAGCUGAACACAAAGUCAAGCUGGAGAACAGAUUGAGACUACUGGAGGAAGGAAACCUUAGAAGAAUUAGUGGCACUGGCAAGGCCAAAGCAAAGUUCGAGAAAUAUCACAGUAAAAGUGAGGUAUUCUCAUACCCAACGGCUGGUGACAGUACUCUAGACCAGAAGCCCUUAAAACGUGAACACUCGCCAGAUGAAGAUGGACAGGUCUCUGCCAAGAAAAUCAAACUGGAAGAUGGUGUCAGUGAUGUCACCCCCAAGAAGAAGAAGAAGAUAAAGUCCGAACCUCAAGAAGAAGCUGAUGUAAGUCAAGAGGUGGAACCUUCCGAACCUAUGUCAGAGAAGAAAAAGAAGAAGAAGAAGAAAUCUGACGUCCAACCCGAGGAAUCUGAGCAACUGAACGAGACUGUGGAGGAGCCUAAGAGCGAAAAGAAGAAGAAAAAGAAAAGACAGUCGCAAAUGGAAGAAUAG